GUAAUUAUAUAUAGUACAAUGUAAAAUAUAUAUGAGUCAUGCUCUGUAAACCUGUAAGCUUUGAAUUUCACAUCUUUGGUGAUGAGGCACUUCCUCUAUUCAAAGUUACAGGAAACAGAGAGAGCAGAGAGCCAGCUAUUCUGCGUCAACAAUAUUAUCACACUCAGACCAACUAGCCACAAGCAAGACAAGCGGCUUGCAGUCUUCAUCAGAGCUGUAUACUUUACUAUCCAUCAUAGAUAGAGUCUAAUAGAAAAUCUUCUGCAACUGUAGAACAGUCAAUUUCCACUAAAUUAGAAAAACAACCAUUCCAAUCACAAUGAGUCAUGAAAGUCUACCAACCAGGUCAGAGGUGAUGUGCUGGAACUCUGGGAACUUGGCUGACUAUCUCAAAAAAAUGAAACUGGUGGGGUGUGACAGAGUGGUGAAGAAAAGCAAUAUGAGUGGUUCACGAUUCUUGAAUAUGACUGAUAAGGACAUUAAGAAGUUCCCCACAGCACAAAUCCCAUUUAUCACAAAGAUCUGCAAAGAUAUUAACCAGAAUAACAAACAAAAGAAGAGUCUGUUUCACAGAUCAGAUCAUCGGAUGCCUCCAAACCAAGCAGAACCUAGUCCAGGAGGUUGGGAUUCUGAUGAAUUUGACCAAGAAGAAAGUGACAAUGACUAUGAGGAGCCAGAUAUAAAUGAGUGUGAAGACAAUUACAUAUGCGCAGCAUCCUGUGAUAAUGAGGUGGCUGUGGAUUCUGAUGAUGACUAUGAACCACCGCCUAGUGAUAUACCCUCUGAAGUACCAACUCACUUUCGUGUUGCCAAACCUCUGGGUGAUGGAGAUUAUUUAGACAGCGGCCCACGUGGUUCUGCAAGACCACCCCAGGACAACAGGUCAACAUCUCUUGCCAGAGGGCUUAUGAAUAUAUCUAAGCCUCCAUCACGACCGGAUCCCUCUCCACACAGGCCUUUUGUUCCCCCAAAUCAAUCCAAACCUGGUCCAGCUGUGCCGAAGGUAGAUCGCAGUAAGAAACCUGGCUCAUCUACCCAGUCAAAAAAAGAUACUGGCAAAUCAGCAAGAAACACCCUACCAAUGGCUUCUAAAUCAGCAACAUUCCCCACACAAAGGUUUGACAUCCAACAGAGGGAUGAUUUACCUCCUCCUCCACCUUUAAAUGUGAUGAUGGGACAGGACAUGGAUCCACAGUGGUAUGUGGGACAAAUGACACGAGCAGAGGCCGAAGUCUCUCUCAGACAUGUGAAUAAAGAUGGCACUUUCUUGGUGAGAGACAGCUCGAAGGGCUGUACAGAGCAGCCUUACACACUCAUGGUGCUGCACCAGCAAAAAGUGUAUAACAUCCAGAUCCGUUUCCUUGGAAACAGUGAUGGAUAUUCCCUGGGCACAGGCCUAAAUGGCAUUGAGAAUUUCUCCAGUGUCAUGGACAUGGUCGCGCACCACUCAAAGACCCCACUCGUUCUGAUAGACGGAUUGGAGCGUGGAGCUGGACCUCAGCGGCAGUGCUGUCUUAUGCACCCAGCAGGUUUUUGACCCACAGAACAAUCUUAUUAAUUAUACCCAGUUAGCAUCAUAAUUCUGACUGGGUUCCAGAAUCAAAAGGAUUUUCAUGGAAUUCAGACACUUUGACUGGAUAAUGAGCAUUUAUAAUGUUGGCAUUCAACGCCAGGAUAUGUAAGCAUCUCUCCUUCAGAAAAAUAACAAAGCAUAUGACUAAAUUGAUAAAUCAUAUUUAGUUUGAUUCAAUCAAACAGGACUGUCUACACUUUUUAAAUUAAAGAUACAUUUUUAAACAC